AUUUAUUGCUUCAAACGGCUCCGCGAUGCCAUGAUUCCAGGGAUUCCAGGGCAGGGCUCUCCUGAGGAGGAUUUGGAAAGCAUCGAGGAUGAAGGCUUAACUGGGGCCGAAGCUCGAAAGAAGAGAAAGCAGAGGCUUGAGGCUCGCGAGGCAGCCCGUCUGCAGCGACUGGCACAGAAGGCUGCAGCAAGGCGUUCCGGGUCUUUUGUGGACGAAAGUGCCGAAGAGUCUCGCGCCAGGAAAAUUGCCGAAAAGGCAACAGCGAGAAGAGCCAAGUUGCAGGCAAAAGCAACAAAUGGUGGCGAAGGGGAGAUGUCACCCAAAGAAGAGGAGCCGAAGGACCUGAAGGAGCCCAGAGAAGCAGAAGCCAAAGCUCCCGAGGCCGAGAAAGAUGAGAAGCCCAAGGAUCCCAAGGAUCCCAAGGAGGAUGUUGCUGAGGAGGGCCCUGAGGAAGGGGAGUUAUCUCCACAAAUGGUUGCGUUUUCCGAAAACGGGCGUGAAGUUGACAAAAAGUCUCUUCGCUCGGACAAAAACCACAAAGACCUUGCAAACGGAGUUGAAAAAAAGAAGAAUUCAGAGGAGAAUGCGGAGGACAAGACAACGAAGCAAGACGACGGGAAGGCCUCCAGACGGCAUGGCGAUCGCCGCACAUCUCCGAGGAACAGACGGCGACACGGUGAGGACCGUGAGAACCGCAAAAGGAGGCGUUCAAGCCGUUCUUCUAGACGAGACAGGAGAGAACGAGAACCCCACCGAAGACAUCUAAGACACGACAGAGAUGCGGAUGUGGACAAGGAUGGCAAGGGGAAAAAAAAUGGAAGGGCUGCCAGGUCACGGUCAGCGAAGCACAAAAGACGUGGAGACAAUGCGAUCUCUCCAGCAAGACCUGCGAAAGGAACCGCUGAGAAUGAGGACAAGGGGAAAAAGAAUGGAAGGGCUGCCAGGUCACGGUCAGCGAAGCACAAAAGACGUGGAGACAAUGCGAUCUCUCCAGCAAGACCUGCGAAAGAGCGGCUUGCAGUUGGUGCUCGAGUUCGAGUAACCGUUGAGAAUGAGGACAAGGAAGGUCUGUACUUCGAUGAUGAUCGGGUUGGAAUCAAAGGCAUGACGGGGGAGAUCACUGAAGAUGACAAGUCUGAGCAACCCUUUCGGGUGAAGCUGAAAAAUGGGAAGCUCAGCUGGUUCAAGGAAGCCUGGUUGGAGGAGUGCGAGUCCAGUUCUUCGUCCUCUUCUUCCUCUUCGUCAGAUUCAUCUUCUGAGGAGGCAGAAGAGGUAGCGGAAGGACAGUCCCCUGAAGAGGAGGUGCCAGCCUUCGCAUGGGAGCGAACUCCAAAGAACCUCCCAGCUGCGGGGAUGGCAGCAUAUGCCAUGAAUGGAGCUGGCAACGUCUCGCCAAUCGCCCAAGAGGUGGAGGCAUUCCUUACUUGCGCAGGUGUUGACGGCGAAGCAGCCCAACGCUUGCGCGUGAUGCCUGCGCACCAACAGCGACUGGUCAUGAAUCGUGGACCUAUUGGUGGCACCCGUGCACCUUCUGCUGUAUUGAUAUCUCGCAUUCGGGAUGCAGAAUUGGGUCGUACUGGUCCACCAGGAUCGGGGAAUAUUCCCGCCAAUGGUGGUGCACCAUCAUCGAACCCUGAGAUCGAAAAACUGAUCUCUAAGUGGAACCUGGAUGCGAAAGCAUCGUUUAUGCUGCGCAGCCUACCAAAUGACAAGCACGAUCUCGUUUUGAAGAUUUCCUUCGAAAAGGCUCGAAAUCCUUCAGCGUACGUUAUCACCCAGAUGAAUUCGCUGUUUGGAGGAAUGCAAGGCAUUCAGGAGCUGCAGAAGAUGCAGCAAGUGGCGAAUGGCAACAGAGAUGUGAUGCAGUCCAAUCCAUUCAACAAGCAAAACUUCAACCUGACAGCUGUGACCAUUUGAUACGCGAGCUGCUUGUUACUGGCUGCGUGGCUUUGUCGUUCACCUGCUGCCAAUGAGAUGUCAAAGUGCAGGGCGAGUUGCGGUGCUGGCACCCUCACGGCCUUCAUUGCCUGUUUCUGUUCUCUCCAAGUUCCCUCCAAAAAUCCUCAGCAUUUCAUCCUACUCCUUAAGACUCCUGAGGCUUUGGAAUAUGUUUUCCUGGCCUUGCUUGGACACGGAUGAAACAAAUUGAAAG